AUGGCUUUUCAGAAUGCUCAAAGUUUCCUCCAGCCACUCUCCUCCUGGAUGUCCCGGAUGUAUGAAGCUGUCCAACAAGCGGGAGACUCCUUAUCUUCUUCAUUGGUCAACUUGAGCAGAGUGGACCACAAAUUGGAGGAAGAUGGAAACCAGGACUUAGAAGACAGUGACGGCAGUUAUAAGGACUACUCUGAAGAUUCAGAAGAUGAAGGAAGCUUUAGCCAGAACAUGAAAGGUGCUGAGCAUGUGCAUUCUGAAGACAGUCACUUUCCAUCAACAAGUCAUGAUCUUGAUUCCGAGGCACCUGCCCGUGGCUCUAACAUGGAUCUGCAAUUGCAGAAAAGAGUGAGAAGCGGCACCAGCUCCUCAGAGCAACGUCCAGACGACACCAGCUCUCUGUCAUCCCAGGGAUUUUACCAAGAAUAUGAUGACCACCAGCUGCUAGGUAUGCUUCCUGCCAUACCCGAGGAGGAAGGCUACCUCAACAGGCAGAUAAGGGAUCUUCAGCGUGACCUUGAUGUGGCUGGCUCAUUAGAAAAUAUUAAUGGAAAAGCAUGUGUGGAAGUGAACAGUUAUGGGGAGGAUGAAGAGCUAACCACAUCUUCAGAUAGCGACGACGAGGUGAUUAAACAGUUUGCGAUCUCUGUGUCGCGCUCGCAGAGUUUUCGGUCGGGGGUGUCUGAAAAGGCAACACAAGCAGGUUCAGAACGUAAACCUAAAUUCAACCGCUUGCUGUCCAACCAUGAGGAGUACAGUACCGAGGCAUCUGAAUGCGAAGAACUGGAUGGGCUAAGCCAACUGAGUUUCCAAGACAACCUAUCCUAUCAUGAAGAUGACCACAUAUCUGUUGAUUCAAGAACUACCUCUGAGAGUAGGGGUACCAUGCAAGCCAAAGGCCCUGGAAUGGAGGCUAGCAUUGCCCAUAGCCUUAGCCAACAAGCCACAGAAGGGAGCUUGCAAAUGGAGACAGCGUUCAGCAACCAGGGAUUUGAAGGAAAUGACGCAACUGACAGCUCAUCCGCUUGGAGCCCUGAGGAACAUGAUGGAGGGAAUAGUCUUCCAGCUCAUCACAGUGCCCAUGAACCCAUUUCUAAAUGCGGUGACCUAGACGUCAUCCUCGAUUAUAAGGCCUCGAGCCAAAAGCUGCUGGUAACUAUCCUGGAAGCUAAGGAUAUCCCAGACAAAGACCGCAGUGGUAUGAACACCUGGCAAGUUCACACAGUCCUGAUGCCCAGCAAGAAACAGAGGGGAAAGUCGAGCAUUCAGAAAGGACCCAUCCCAGUGUUCAAAGACAAAAUGACCUUUAAUAAGCUGGAGCCAGAGAAGCUGAGUAGCUACGCACUCAGGUUCCGUCUUUAUGCAGUGCGCAAAAUGAUCCGGGAACAGAUGAUGGGCGAGCAACUGUUUUAUCUGAGGAGCCUAAACCAGGAGGGGGAAGUGAAGGUGACACUGGUUUUGGAGCCCAGGAGCGAUAUGAGCAGCGGAGACUCUCAGAUCAGUCUGUCGGCAAUCUCGCACAGCGAUAGCGCUUCUUCAACACAGUCCCUGUCGCACGGAGGCGUACCGGAGCUGCUGGUGGGACUGUCAUACAAUGCUACUACUGGACGGUUGUCAGUAGAGAUGAUCAAAGGCAGCCAUUUCCGCAACCUUGCUAUUAACAGGCCGCCCGACACCUACGGAAAACUCUGCCUCCUCAACUCCAUGGGCCAGGAGAUGUCUCGUUGCAAGACAUCCAUCCGUCGAGGCCAACCAAACCCCAUCUACAAGGAGGCGUUCGUCUUCCAAGUUGCCCUGUUCCAGCUUUCUGACGUCACGCUGAUGAUCUCCAUAUACAACCGGCGCAGCAUGAAGCGCAAGGAGAUGAUUGGCUGGAUUUCUAUGGGUCAGAACAGCAGCGGAGAAGAAGAGCAAAACCACUGGCAAGAAAUGAAAGAAACGAAAGGGCAGCAGGUCUGCAGGUGGCAUACCUUACUGGAAUCCUAA